AUGUCUGAGAGUGUUUACGCCGACGUUAAGAUUGCCACAAGCACAGCCAUGUCCCAUGAAGAGUACCGAUCUCGAAAGGUCGCUCUUAUUACAGGUGUGACUGGACAGGAUGGUUCUUAUUUGACCGAGUUCUUGCUGGAGAAGGGUUAUGAAGUGCACGGUAUCAUUCGCCGUUCUUCGUCGUUCAACACUGGCCGUAUUGAACACAUUUACAAGGAUCGCCACGAUCAAGGUGUAAAGUUCUUCCUUCAUUAUGGUGAUUUGACCGAUUCCACUUGCUUGGUUCACAUCAUUUCUCAAGUUCAGCCUACCGAAGUCUACAACUUGGCUGCUCAAUCCCACGUCAAGGUGUCUUUUGACAUGUCAGAAUACACUGGUGAUGUCGAUGCUCUUGGUACCCUUCGUUUAUUGGACGCUAUCCGUACCUGCGGUUUGACCGAACGUGUUCGCUUCUAUCAGGCUUCCACAUCCGAGCUCUAUGGUAAAGUGGUGGAAACUCCCCAAAAGGAGACCACUCCCUUCUAUCCUCGUUCGCCCUACGGUGUGGCGAAGCUCUAUGGUUACUGGAUCGUCGUCAACUAUCGUGAAUCCUACGGCAUGUAUGCAUGCAACGGUAUCCUGUUUAAUCACGAAUCGCCUCGUCGCGGUCGCACUUUUGUGACCCGUAAGAUUUCUCGUGCCGUGGCUGAUAUUCACUUGGGCCGUCAGGAAUGCUUGUAUCUCGGUAACAUUGAUGCCAAGCGUGAUUGGGGUCACGCACGUGACUAUGUCGAGGGUAUGUGGCUCAUGUUGCAACAAGAGACCCCCGAAGACUUUGUGUUGGCCACUGGCGAAACCCACACUGUGCGUAGCUACAUCGAAAAGGCAUUUGCCGUCACUGGUCGUAAGCUUGUGUGGGAAGGUGAAGGUGUGAACGAGGUCGGCAAGGAUGCCGAAUCUGGAAAGAUCCGUGUUCGUAUCGAUCCCAAGUAUUUCCGUCCCGCUGAAGUCGACCUCUUGUUGGGUGAUCCCUCCAAGGCCAAUGCCAAGCUCGGCUGGAAGCGUAAAGUCACUUUUGACGAGCUUGUAACGGAGAUGGUAGUCGCUGAUAUUGAAGGGUGGGUCAAAAAGCAAUAA